AGCUUGUUCCAUCGAUCCACGAUGGACUACCUCAAGCUGAUUGUCAUUUUAAGUUGGAUAGGGACAUCAUUAGUGGAAAAUAAAGAACUAGUAAGAACAGGGGAUGCUGCAGUCUUGACCUCCUGUAACUUUAACAAUAAUGAAGACCCAUUCUGUCAGUUUCGUCAAGACUACACGGACAACAGUGACUGGACACGAAACCGUGGUGCCACUCCCACAAAUGGGACCGGACCGAGUGGUGACUACCCUGAUGGAACUGGCUACUACAUUUAUCAUGAAGCUGACAAUGUUGGAAACCAAAAAUCAGCGCGGUUAUUAAGCCCUCCCCUCAGCAUGGGCCCAGAUCCCAUCUGCGUGCAGUUCUACUACUACAUGUAUGGCUUCGACAACCAGAACCUCCUGAGGGUUCUUGCUAAACAAGGUUCAUCUGAGGAGCAGGUCUGGGAGAGGGUUGGAUACCAAAGUCCUUCCUGGCUUAAAGGAUCUGUCACUGUGGCCAAACCCGUAGGAACAUCACUGGAGAUUGUGUUCGAGGCCAAGCGUGGUUUCACCUCAUCAUGUGACACAGCUCUUGAUAAUAUUGUCAUCAGUGAAGGAGCUUGUCCUGGAUGUUUGUUUGGUUGUGAUUUUGACACAAAUGGGAAUCUCUGCAACUGGGAAGUGCAAGUCCCAGACGACAGAAUUUUUGGAUGGGAACCAUUCAAUGGCCCGACAGACACCGAAGGAACAGGUCCCGAUGAUGACUUCUCCAAACCCGGCUUUGGGAGCUAUAUGCUGAUGGAUUCCCUGUAUUCUGUCCCUGGUCUCUCGAGCCAACUUUGGAGCCCCUCAGCCUCGUUUGCGUCUAGUGGUUGUCUGCAGCUAGGUUUCCACUACUACAUGUUCGGCACUGCCACCACCAUGAAACUCAGCGUCCAUGUUGCCACAGGCGGCGUGAUGGGACCUGCCCUCUUCGCCCUCACGGGGAACCAGGGCCAGGGCUGGAAGCCCGUCAUGGUUCGAUACGUUGGCACAGGAACCAUUCAGUUUGUCAUAGUCGGAGUUUAUGGAGAGACUGAUAAGACGGAUAUCGCGAUUGACAGUGUAUGCAUUACAACUUGCCAAGCCACUACACCUGCACCAACAACCCCCAAACCGCCCACGCCUGGGCCAACCACACCAAAGCCAUCUACACCUGCACCAACAACUCCAGUGACGUGCCCCCCUAAUUCUGACUUUUUGGAGUGUGGUCCGUCAUGCGUCCCCACCUGCCAGAAACCCAACAUUAACUCCAGUAACUGCACUGGGACCUGCGUAAGCGGCUGUUUCUGUAGACCAGGCUUUGUGCUGUCAGGAAACCGGUGUGUUCCCGUUGAUAAGUGUGGCUGUCUGGAUGACAACAACAACUACUAUGAGCCUGGAGAGGUUGUGUUUGGGGAUGGCUGCUCCAAGCUGUGUCGCUGUGCUGGAAACUACACUCUCUCCUGCGUGGACAACACCUGUGCUCCCACUGAGGAGUGCCGAGAGGUCAAUGGAGUCCCUGGAUGUUAUCCUCAAGGCACCUCCACCUGUAUUGCCUCUGGUGAUCCUCACUACACCACCUUUGAUAAGCAGAAUUACAACUUCAUGGGCAACUGCACCUAUCUGAUGUCCAAGCCGUGCAACACCACGGGUCUGCCACACUAUGAGGUCCAUGUGUCCAAUGAGAACCGCAACAACAACAACAGAAUCAGCUACGUAUCAGCGGUGCAUGUCUACGUCCAUGGAAUGACCAUAUCCAUCCUUAAAGGAGGAACCGUGCGGAUCAAUGGGACCAAUGUGAACCUGCCUGUGAACCCAGCUGCAGACGUUUCUGUCUACAAGUCUGGAAAACAUUACACCGUGGCCAUGAGUUUUGGAGUGACCGUUCGCUACGAUGGCAACCACUUCAUGGACAUCAAAGUGAUUGCAGCAUACAAAGAGAAGCUUUGUGGCCUUUGUGGAGAUUACGACGGCAACCCCAAGGACGACUUCCGUACACCUACAGGCGAACUUGUGACAAAACCGAAUGACUUUGGAAACAGCUGGAACUCUGACCCAGAAUGCAACAAAUCUCCUGAACUGCCUGUACCUGGUUGUACACCAGAGGAACAAGAUAAAUAUGAGAAACCUGCCUUCUGUGGAAUCAUACUGGAAAGCAACGGCCCAUUCGCUAUGUGCCACCCCAAGGUUAAUCCAAAUAGCUUCUUCAAGGACUGCUUGUUUGAUGUGUGUGAGCUUGAUGGACUGCACUCUGCCCUGUGUGAGGCCAUAGAGGCCUAUGUGAAUGAGUGUCAGGAUCGUGGAGUCACCAUCGGAUCAUGGAGGAACAGCACCUUCUGCCCCCUGACCUGCCCUCCCAACAGCCACUUUGAGUCCUGUGCUCCACCCUGCCAGCCUUCCUGUGUCACACCUUCCCCAGGGCAGUGUAAUGGACCGUGUGCAGAGGGGUGUGUGUGUGACCCAGGAUACGUUCUCAGUGCUGGCAAGUGUGUCAGGAACGACAGCUGUGGAUGCCAACACACCAAUGGCCAAUACUACCAGCCUGGAGAGGAGUGGUACACCUCUAACUGUGACCUGAAGUGCAGGUGCAAUCCUCCUUUCGUCAGCUGCAGUGAUGGACAGUGUCCCCCUUCACAAGAGUGUAGCGUCCAGGGAGGACUUCUGGGCUGUUACCCCAUUGCCACUACCCCCAAACCAACUACACCCAAACCUUCCACACCCAGCCCAUCUACACCAACACCAUCUACUCCAAAACCAACAACACCAAGGCCAAUUCCAACAACAACACCAGUGACGUGCCCCCCUAAUUCUGACUUUUUGGAGUGUGGUCCGUCAUGCGUCCCCACCUGCCAGAAACCCAACAUUAACUCCAGUAACUGCACUGGGGCCUGCGUAAGCGGCUGUUUCUGUAGACCAGGCUUUGUGCUGUCAGGAAACCGGUGUGUUCCCGUUGAUAAGUGUGGCUGUCUGGAUGACAACAACAACUACUAUGAGCCUGGAGAGGUUGUGUUUGGGGAUGGCUGCUCCAAGCUGUGUCGCUGUGCUGGGAACUACACUCUCUCCUGCGUGGACAACACCUGUGCUCCCACUGAGGAGUGCCGAGAGGUCAAUGGAGUCCCUGGAUGUUAUCCUCAAGGCACCUCCACCUGUAUUGCCUCUGGUGAUCCUCACUACACCACCUUUGAUAAGCAGAAUUACAACUUCAUGGGCAACUGUACCUAUCUGAUGUCCAAGCCAUGCAACACCACUGGUCUGCCACACUAUGAGGUCCAUGUGUCCAAUGAGAACCGCAACAACAACAAUAGAAUCAGCUAUGUAUCAGCGGUGCAUGUCUACGUCCAUGGAAUGACCAUAUCCAUCCUUAAAGGAGGAACCGUGCGGAUCAAUGGGACCAAUGUGAACCUGCCUGUGAACCCAGCUGCAGACGUUUCUGUCUACAAGUCUGGAAAACAUUACACCGUGGCCAUGAGUUUUGGAGUCACUGUUCGCUACGAUGGCAACCACUUCAUGGACAUCAAAGUGAUUGCAGCAUACAAAGAGAAGCUUUGCGGUCUUUGUGGAGAUUACGACGGCAACCCCAAGGACGACUUCCGUACGCCUACAGGCGAACUCGUGUCAAAACCGAAUGACUUUGGAAACAGCUGGAACUCUGACCCAGAAUGCAACAAAUCUCCUGAGGUGCCUGUACCUGGUUGUACCCCAGAGGAACAAGAUAAAUAUGAGAAACCUGCCUUCUGUGGAAUCAUACUGGAAAGCAACGGCCCAUUCGCUAUGUGCCACCCCAAGGUUAAUCCCAAUAGCUUCUUCAAGGACUGCAUGUUUGACGUGUGUGAGCUUGAUGGACUGCACUCUGCCCUGUGUGAGGCCAUAGAGGCCUAUGUGAAUGAGUGUCAGGAUCGUGGAGUCACCAUCGGAUCAUGGAGGAACAGCACCUUCUGCCCCCUGACCUGCCCUCCCAACAGCCACUUUGAGUCCUGUGCUCCACCCUGCCAGCCUUCCUGUGUCACACCUUCCCCAGGGCAGUGUAAUGGACCGUGUGCAGAGGGGUGUGUGUGUGACCCAGGAUACGUUCUCAGUGCUGGCAAGUGUGUUAGGAACGACAGCUGUGGAUGCCAACACACCAAUGGCCAGUACUACCAGCCUGGAGAGGAGUGGUACACCUCUAACUGUGACCUGAAGUGCAGGUGCAAUCCUCCUUUCGUCAGCUGCAGUGAUGGACAGUGUCCCCCUUCACAGGAGUGUAGCGUCCAGGGAGGACUUCUGGGCUGUUACCCCAUUGCCACUACCCCCAAACCAACUACACCCAAACCUUCCACACCCAGCCCAUCUACACCAACACCAUCUACUCCAAAACCAACAACACCAAGGCCAAUUCCAACAACAACACCAGUGACGUGCCCCCCUAAUUCUGACUUUUUGGAGUGUGGUCCGUCAUGCGUCCCCACCUGCCAGAAACCCAACAUUAACUCCAGUAACUGCACUGGGGCCUGUGUAAGCGGCUGUUUCUGUAGACCAGGCUUUGUGCUGUCAGGAAACCGGUGUGUUCCCGUUGAUAAGUGUGGCUGUCUGGAUGACAACAACAACUACUAUGAGCCUGGAGAGGUUGUGUUUGGAGAUGGCUGCUCCAAGCUGUGUCGCUGUGCUGGAAACUACACUCUCUCCUGCGUGGACAACACCUGUGCUCCCACUGAGGAGUGCCGAGAGGUCAAUGGAGUCCCUGGAUGUUAUCCUCAAGGCACCUCCACCUGUAUUGCCUCUGGUGAUCCUCACUACACCACCUUUGAUAAGCAAAAUUACAACUUCAUGGGCAACUGCACCUAUCUGAUGUCCAAGCCAUGCAACACCACUGGUCUGCCACACUAUGAGGUCCAUGUGUCCAAUGAGAACCGCAACAACAACAAUAGAAUCAGCUAUGUAUCAGCGGUGCAUGUCUACGUCCAUGGAAUGACCAUAUCUAUCCUUAAAGGAGGAACCGUGCGGAUCAAUGGGACCAAUGUGAACCUGCCUGUGAACCCAGCUGCAGACGUUUCUGUCUACAAGUCUGGAAAACAUUACACCGUGGCCAUGAGUUUUGGAGUCACUGUUCGCUACGAUGGCAACCACUUCAUGGACAUCAAAGUGAUUGCAGCAUACAAAGAGAAGCUUUGUGGCCUUUGUGGAGAUUACGACGGCAACCCCAAGGACGACUUCCGUACACCUACAGGCGAACUUGUGACAAAACCGAAUGACUUUGGAAACAGCUGGAACUCUGACCCAGAAUGCAACAAAUCUCCUGAGGUGCCUGUACCUGGUUGUACACCAGAGGAACAAGAUAAAUAUGAGAAACCUGCCUUCUGUGGAAUCAUACUGGAAAGCAACGGCCCAUUCGCUAUGUGCCACCCCAAGGUUAAUCCCAAUAGCUUCUUCAAGGACUGCAUGUUUGACGUGUGUGAGCUGGAUGGACUGCACUCUGCCCUGUGUGAGGCCAUAGAGGCCUAUGUGAAUGAGUGUCAGGAUCGUGGAGUCACCAUCGGAUCAUGGAGGAACAGCUCCUUCUGCCCCCUGACCUGCCCUCCCAACAGCCACUUUGAGUCCUGUGCUCCACCCUGCCAGCCUUCCUGUGUCACACCUUCCCCAGGGCAGUGUAAUGGACCGUGUGCAGAGGGGUGUGUGUGUGACCCAGGAUACGUUCUCAGUGCUGGCAAGUGUGUUAGGAACGACAGCUGUGGAUGCCAACACACUAAUGGCCAAUACUACCAGCCUGGAGAGGAGUGGUACACCUCUAACUGUGAGCUGAAGUGCAGAUGCAAUCCUCCCUUCGUCAGCUGCAGUGAUGGACAGUGUCCCCCUUCACAGGAGUGUAGUGUCCAGGGAGGACUUCUGGGCUGUUACCCCAUUGCCACUACCCCCAAACCAACUACACCCAAACCUUCCACACCCAGCCCAACUACACCAACACCAUCUACUCCCAAACCAACAACACCAAGGCCAAUUCCAACAACAACACCAGUGACGUGCCCCCCUAAUUCUGACUUUUUGGAGUGUGGUCCGUCAUGCGUCCCCACCUGCCAGAAACCCAACAUUAACUCCAGUAACUGCACUGGGACCUGCGUAAGCGGCUGUUUCUGUAGACCAGGCUUUGUGCUGUCAGGAAACCGGUGUGUUCCCGUUGAUAAGUGUGGCUGUCUGGAUGACAACAACAACUACUAUGAGCCUGGAGAGGUUGUGUUUGGGGAUGGCUGCUCCAAGCUGUGUCGCUGUGCUGGAAACUACACUCUCUCCUGCGUGGACAACACCUGUGCUCCCACUGAGGAGUGCCGAGAGGUCAAUGGAGUCCCUGGAUGUUAUCCUCAAGGCACCUCCACCUGUAUUGCCUCUGGUGAUCCUCACUACACCACCUUUGAUAAGCAGAAUUACAACUUCAUGGGCAACUGCACCUAUCUGAUGUCCAAGCCGUGCAACACCACGGGUCUGCCACACUAUGAGGUCCAUGUGUCCAAUGAGAACCGCAACAACAACAAUAGAAUCAGCUACGUAUCAGCGGUGCAUGUCUACGUCCAUGGAAUGACCAUAUCUAUCCUUAAAGGAGGAACCGUGCGGAUCAAUGGGACCAAUGUGAACCUGCCUGUGAACCCAGCUGCAGACGUUUCUGUCUACAAGUCUGGAAAACAUUACACCGUGGCCAUGAGUUUUGGAGUGACCGUUCGCUACGAUGGCAACCACUUCAUGGACAUCAAAGUGAUUGCAGCAUACAAAGAGAAGCUUUGCGGCCUUUGUGGAGAUUACGACGGCAACCCCAAGGAUGACUUCCGUACGCCCACAGGCGAACUCGUGACAAAACCGAAUGACUUUGGAAACAGCUGGAACUCUGACCCAGAAUGCAACAAAUCUCCUGAGGUGCCUGUACCUGGUUGUACACCAGAGGAACAAGAUAAAUAUGAGAAACCUGCCUUCUGUGGAAUCAUACUGGAAAGCAACGGCCCAUUCGCUUUGUGCCACCCCAAGGUUAAUCCCAAUAGCUUCUUCAAGGACUGCAUGUUUGACGUGUGUGAGCUGGAUGGACUGCACUCUGCCCUGUGUGAGGCCAUAGAGGCCUAUGUGAAUGAGUGUCAGGAUCGUGGAGUCACCAUCGGAUCAUGGAGGAACAGCACCUUCUGCCCCCUGACCUGCCCUCCCAACAGCCACUUUGAGUCCUGUGCUCCACCCUGCCAGCCUUCCUGUGUCACACCUUCCCCAGGGCAGUGUAAUGGACCGUGUGCAGAGGGGUGUGUGUGUGACCCAGGAUACGUUCUCAGUGCUGGCAAGUGUGUUAGGAACGACAGCUGUGGAUGCCAACACACCAAUGGCCAGUACUACCAGCCUGGAGAGGAGUGGUACACCUCUAACUGUGACCUGAAGUGCAGGUGCAAUCCUCCUUUCGUCAGCUGCAGUGAUGGACAGUGUCCCCCUUCACAGGAGUGUAGCGUCCAGGGAGGACUUUUGGGCUGUUACCCCAUUGCCACUACCCCCAAACCAACUACACCCAAACCUUCCACACCCAGCCCAUCUACACCAACACCAUCUACUCCAAAACCAACAACACCAAGGCCAAUUCCAACAACAACACCAGUGACGUGCCCCCCUAAUUCUGACUUUUUGGAGUGUGGUCCGUCAUGCGUCCCCACCUGCCAGAAACCCAACAUUAACUCCAGUAACUGCACUGGGGCCUGCGUAAGCGGCUGUUUCUGUAGACCAGGCUUUGUGCUGUCAGGAAACCGGUGUGUUCCCGUUGAUAAGUGUGGCUGUCUGGAUGACAACAACAACUACUAUGAGCCUGGAGAGGUUGUGUUUGGGGAUGGCUGCUCCAAGCUGUGUCGCUGUGCUGGAAACUACACUCUCUCCUGCGUGGACAACACCUGUGCUCCCACUGAGGAGUGCCGAGAGGUCAAUGGAGUCCCUGGAUGUUAUCCUCAAGGCACCUCCACCUGUAUUGCCUCUGGUGAUCCUCACUACACCACCUUUGAUAAGCAGAAUUACAACUUCAUGGGCAACUGCACCUAUCUGAUGUCCAAGCCAUGCAACACCACUGGUCUGCCACACUAUGAGGUCCAUGUGUCCAAUGAGAACCGCAACAACAACAAUAGAAUCAGCUACGUAUCAGCGGUGCAUGUCUACGUCCAUGGAAUGACCAUAUCUAUCCUUAAAGGAGGAACCGUGCGGAUCAAUGGGACCAAUGUGAACCUGCCUGUGAACCCAGCUGCAGACGUUUCUGUCUACAAGUCUGGAAAACAUUACACCGUGGCCAUGAGUUUUGGAGUCACUGUUCGCUACGAUGGCAACCACUUCAUGGACAUCAAAGUGAUUGCAGCAUACAAAGAGAAGCUUUGCGGCCUUUGUGGAGAUUACGACGGCAACCCCAAGGACGACUUCCGUACACCUACAGGCGAACUUGUGACAAAACCGAAUGACUUUGGAAACAGCUGGAACUCUGACCCAGAAUGCAACAAAUCUCCUGAGGUGCCUGUACCUGGUUGUACACCAGAGGAACAAGAUAAAUAUGAGAAACCUGCCUUUUGUGGAAUCAUACUGGAAAGCAACGGCCCAUUCGCUAUGUGCCACCCCAAGGUUAAUCCCAAUAGCUUCUUCAAGGACUGCAUGUUUGACGUGUGUGAGCUGGAUGGACUGCACUCUGCCCUGUGUGAGGCCAUAGAGGCCUAUGUGAAUGAGUGUCAGGAUCGUGGAGUCACCAUCGGAUCAUGGAGGAACAGCACCUUCUGCCCCCUGACCUGCCCUCCUAACAGCCACUUUGAGUCCUGUGCUCCACCCUGCCAGCCUUCCUGUGUCACACCUUCCCCAGGGCAGUGUAAUGGACCGUGUGCAGAGGGGUGUGUGUGUGACCCAGGAUACGUUCUCAGUGCUGGCAAGUGUGUCAGGAACGACAGCUGUGGAUGCCAACACACCAAUGGCCAGUACUACCAGCCUGGAGAGGAGUGGUACACCUCUAACUGUGACCUGAAGUGCAGGUGCAAUCCUCCUUUCGUCAGCUGCAGUGAUGGACAGUGUCCCCCUUCACAAGAGUGUAGCGUCCAGGGAGGACUUCUGGGCUGUUACCCCAUUGCCACUACCCCCAAACCAACUACACCCAAACCUUCCACACCCAGCCCAUCUACACCAACACCAUCUACUCCAAAACCAACAACACCAAGGCCAAUUCCAACAACAACACCAGUGACGUGCCCCCCUAAUUCUGACUUUUUGGAGUGUGGUCCGUCAUGCGUCCCCACCUGCCAGAAACCCAACAUUAACUCCAGUAACUGCACUGGGGCCUGCGUAAGCGGCUGUUUCUGUAGACCAGGCUUUGUGCUGUCAGGAAACCGGUGUGUUCCCGUUGAUAAGUGUGGCUGUCUGGAUGACAACAACAACUACUAUGAGCCUGGAGAGGUUGUGUUUGGGGAUGGCUGCUCCAAGCUGUGUCGCUGUGCUGGAAACUACACUCUCUCCUGCGUGGACAACACCUGUGCUCCCACUGAGGAGUGCCGAGAGGUCAAUGGAGUCCCUGGAUGUUAUCCUCAAGGCACCUCCACCUGUAUUGCCUCUGGUGAUCCUCACUACACCACCUUUGAUAAGCAAAAUUACAACUUCAUGGGCAACUGCACCUAUCUGAUGUCCAAGCCAUGCAACACCACUGGUCUGCCACACUAUGAGGUCCAUGUGUCCAAUGAGAACCGCAACAACAACAAUAGAAUCAGCUACGUAUCAGCGGUGCAUGUCUACGUCCAUGGAAUGACCAUAUCUAUCCUUAAAGGAGGAACCGUGCGGAUCAAUGGGACCAAUGUGAACCUGCCUGUGAACCCAGCUGCAGACGUUUCUGUCUACAAGUCUGGAAAACAUUACACCGUGGCCAUGAGUUUUGGAGUCACUGUUCGCUACGAUGGCAACCACUUCAUGGACAUCAAAGUGAUUGCAGCAUACAAAGAGAAGCUUUGUGGCCUUUGUGGAGAUUACGACGGCAACCCCAAGGACGACUUCCGUACACCUACAGGCGAACUUGUGACAAAACCGAAUGACUUUGGAAACAGCUGGAACUCUGACCCAGAAUGCAACAAAUCUCCUGAGGUGCCUGUACCUGGUUGUACACCAGAGGAACAAGAUAAAUAUGAGAAACCUGCCUUCUGUGGAAUCAUACUGGAAAGCAACGGCCCAUUCGCUUUGUGCCACCCCAAGGUUAAUCCCAAUAGCUUCUUCAAGGACUGCAUGUUUGAUGUGUGUGAGCUUGAUGGACUGCACUCUGCCCUGUGUGAGGCCAUAGAGGCCUAUGUGAAUGAGUGUCAGGAUCGUGGAGUCACCAUCGGAUCAUGGAGGAACAGCACCUUCUGCCCCCUGACCUGCCCUCCCAACAGCCACUUUGAGUCCUGUGCUCCACCCUGCCAGCCUUCCUGUGUCACACCUUCCCCAGGGCAGUGUAAUGGACCGUGUGCAGAGGGGUGUGUGUGUGACCCAGGAUACGUUCUCAGUGCUGGCAAGUGUGUUAGGAACGACAGCUGUGGAUGCCAACACACCAAUGGCCAAUACUACCAGCCUGGAGAGGAGUGGUACACCUCUAACUGUGACCUGAAGUGCAGGUGCAAUCCUCCUUUCGUCAGCUGCAGUGAUGGAGAGUGUCCCCCUUCACAAGAGUGUAGCAUCCAGGGAGGACUUCUGGGCUGCUACCCCAUUGCAACAACACCCAAACCAACAACACCCCGACCAUCAACUCCCAAACCAUCAACUCCCAAACCUACAACGCCCAAACCUACAACGCCCCGGCCAACAACUCCCAAACCAACCACUCCAGUGAAGUGCCCCCCCAAUGCGGAGUAUAUCGAGUGUGGCCCAGCCUGCAUCCCCAGCUGUAGGGAGCCUUCCACCAACUGCACUGGAUCCUGUAUUACCGGAUGCUUUUGCAAGCCCGGUUAUCUCUUCCGAGGCUCGCGCUGCGUGCCUGUGGAGAAGUGUGGCUGCCUUGACGCUAAUAACAACUACUAUGAGUCCGGAGAGAUCGUCUUUGGGGAUGGCUGCUCUAAGCUGUGUCGCUGUGCUGGAAACUACACUCUCAACUGCGUGGACAACAGCUGUACUCCCACUGAGGAGUGCCGAGAGGUCAAUGGAGUCCAUGGCUGCUAUCCCAAAGACGACUCCACCUGUAUUGCCACCUCUGAUCCCCACUACACCACCUUUGAUAAGCGCAAGUACGACUUCAUGGGCAACUGCACGUAUCUGAUGUCGAAACCUUGCAACACCACCAGCGUGCCUCACUAUGAGGUCUACGUGACCAAUAAGAACCGACACAACAAUUACAAAAUCAGCUACGUGGACUCUGUGCACGUCCAUGCCAAAGGGGUGACAGUGUCCAUUCUGAGAGGAGGAGAUGUGCAGCUCAAUGGGACCCGAGUGAACGUGCCUUUCAGCCCAGAUCCAGAAGUUUCUGUCUACAAGUCUGGAAAACAUUACACCGUGGCCAUGAGUUUUGGAGUGACUGUUCGCUACGAUGGCAACCACUUCAUGGACAUCAAAGUGAUUGCAGAUUAUAAGAACAAGGUGUGCGGGUUGUGCGGAGACUACAACGGGAAUGCCAAGGAUGAUUUCCGGAAUUCCUCCGGCCAUCUGGUGACCAGCCCUGUGGAGUUCGGGGAUAGCUGGAACGUUGACUCAGAAUGCAACAAGAUACCCGAUGAGGUUUAUCCAGGCUGCACAGAUGACCAGCAGGAUGAGUAUGAGUCUCCUGCCUACUGUGGAAUGAUACUGGACAGCAAAGGACCAUUUGCCAUGUGCCACCCCAGGGUUAAUCCAAAUAGCUUCUAUAAGGACUGCAUGUUUGACGUGUGUGAGCUGGAUGGACUGCACUCUGCCCUGUGUGAGGCCAUAGAGGCCUAUGUGAAUGAGUGUCAGGAUCGUGGAGUCACCAUCGGAUCAUGGAGGAACAGCACCUUCUGCCCUCUAAAAUGCCCUGACAACAGCCACUUUGAGUCCUGUGUCUCACCCUGCCAGCCUUCCUGUGUCCUGCCAACUCCUGGUCAGUGUAACGGGACGUGUGCUGAGGGGUGUGUGUGUAACCCAGGAUACGUCCUCAGCGCUGGCAAGUGCAUCAAGAACGACAGCUGCGGAUGUGAACACAAUGGACUGUACUAUGAGUCCGGUGAGGAGUUCUACUCUAACGAUUGUAAGCAGAAGUGCAAGUGCAAUUCCCCCACUGUUACCUGUGAGGCCACCGAUUGCCCCCCAAUGCAACAGUGUGGGGUCCAGGAAGGCAUUGUUGGUUGUUACCCUGUCGGUUUUGAAGACUGCACGAUUUCAGGAGACCCUCACUAUAGCACCUUUGAUGACAAAUUCUACACUUUUAUGGGCACCUGCACGUACACCCUGGCACGAACCUGCAAGAACAGCACAGGGCCGUGGUUCUCAGUGGAGGCGAAGAAUGAAGAGAGAGGAGUGUCCGGCGCCUCAUACCUCAGGAAGCUCUAUGUGACGGUCGACGGCGUCACGGUGACCAUGAUGAAGAGCAGAAGAACGCUGGUGGAUGGGCGUAGAGUGGCCCUCCCUCACUCGCCAUCUCCGCUGAUGUCUCUGUCCCUGGCUGGGCAGUACAUCACUCUUCAGACCACCUUUGGGCUCCGAGUGCGCUGGGAUGGCAACCACUAUGCCCAAAUCACCGUGCCCAGCACAUAUCAUGACCAGAUGUGUGGCCUGUGCGGAGACUUUGAUGGUAACCCCAGCAAUGAUUUCACCAAGCCAGAUGGUACCCAGGCUGAGAGCUCUGAUCAGUUUGGGAACAGCUGGCAGACAAAUGAGGAUGAGGAUGAUGUGUGCAAGCCUGAUGUUUCCCCUGACCCUCCCUGCAAACCAGAGCUGGAGGCUGUUGUGACCAACCCUGCUAACUGUGGGAAGCUCAAGGACCCCGCGGGUCCCUUCAGAGAUUGCGUAAAGGUGGUGGACCCGCUGCCGUUCUUCCAGAGCUGCGUGUUUGACAUGUGCCGUUACGACGGUAUGCAGCAGAUGCUGUGUGACCAACUCCAGGCCUACACCGAUGCCUGCCUGGGUGCAGGAGCGCUGGUCCACCAGUGGAGGGAGCCAGAAUUCUGUCCAUUGGCCUGCCCCCCGAACAGCCACUACACCAUGUGCGUCAGCUCCUGUCCAGAGACUUGUCUGGGGGUCAGCGGGCCGCAGGGCUGUGGCAGCAAGUGUGUGGAGGGCUGCCAGUGCAACCCCGGCUUCGUUCUAAGCAACGACCAGUGUGUCCCGCUCAAGGACUGUGGCUGUGUGGAUCCCCAAGGCUCAUAUCACCCUGUGAACGAGAGCUGGUACCUGCAGGGCUGCACGCAGCAGUGUGUGUGCAACGGUGGUGGGGCGAUCGAGUGUCGCAACACCACAUGCACCUCCACAGAGGAAUGCAAGCUGCAAGACGGCGACUAUGGUUGUCAACCGCUGGAUAAGGGAACAUGCUCGGUGUCCGGAGAUCCCCACUACACCACGUUUGAUGAUAAGACCCAUCACUUCAUGGGCUCCUGUUCCUACACCUUAACCAAACCCUGCAACGAGACCUCCGGCUUGCCGUACUUCACGGUCGAGACCCAGAAUGAGCACCGCGGCAGCAAUAAGAAAGUCUCCUACGUCCGGGCCGUGGUCAUUAAUGUUUAUGGCCAGCGGGUCAUCCUGGAAAAGGGCCGUAAAGUCCAGGUGAACGGUUUUAGGGUGACUCCACCGGUUACCAUCAAGAAGAAUGUGAAGAUUUCCCUGAGUGGCAAAUUCGUGGUUCUGGAGACGGAGUUUGGGCUGCGCGUGCGCUUCGAUGGCAACCACCACGUCGAUGUCACCCUGCCUUCCUCCUACAGCGGCCUUCUGUGCGGAAUGUGUGGAAACUACAAUGGAAAUUCUGGAGACGACAAUCUAAAACCAGAUGGCCGACCAGCAACUAACACCAACGAACUUGGAGAGAGCUGGCAGGUCCCUGAUGACAGGCCAGACUGUACCCAUGGCGGUGGCAUAGAUAACUGUGACGCUACGAUUGAGAGCGAAGCCCAGAAGCCUACCAGCUGUGGCAUGAUCACCGACCCCAAUGGCAUAUUCAAGGCCUGCCAUGCCGUGGUGCCCCCUUCAGCCUACUUUGAGAACUGCGUAUAUGACCAGUGUGGCACAGACGGAAGUGCCGUGGCCCUGUGCCAGGCUAUUGAGUCCUAUGCUGACCUCUGUGCCAAGGCUGGAGUGUCCAUCUCCUGGAGGAACAACACCUUCUGUCCUCUGAAGUGCCCCGCUGGCAGUCACUAUGAGUCAUGUGGCACGGCCUGCCCCCCCAGCUGCCAGGAGCCUGGUUCGGCCGGCACGUGCACCGAGCCGUGUGUGGAGGGCUGUGUGUGCGACACUGGGCUGGUGCUCAGUGGGGACAAGUGUGUGCCCUUCAACCAGUGUGGCUGCACCGACAAGGACAACAACUACCGACCGGUGGGAGACAGCUGGUUCACGGCUGACGACUGCUCUGAGCGCUGUGUCUGUGGGCCCUUCAACAACGUCACAUGUGAGCCCUGGCAGUGUAGCCCCGCCCAGGAGUGUAAGGUCUACGAUGGCGAACUGGCCUGUCACUCAAGCGGUGUGGGCGUAUGCCAUGUGGCUGGAGACCCCCACUACUACACCUUCGAUGGCGUCAUGCACACCUACAUGGGCACCUGCACCUACACGCUGGUGUCCAUCUGCAACAGCACCCAGGUCACGCCGUUCACCAUCGUGGCCAAGAACGAGGAGCGCGGUCAGCCAGAGGCGUCGUACGUGGGCUCCAUCACCGUCUCCCUGCCCGGAGCCACCGUCAUGCUCAGCAAGAGCGGCCGCGUGCUGCUGGACGGACGCAGAAUCCGCACCCCUCUGACCAUCCCAGGAGCAGCCGCUCGCGUCGCCACCAGCGGCGUCUACACCGUGCUGGACACCGACUUCGGCCUCAUCGUCAAGUUUGAUGGCGUCCAUCACCUGGAGAUCACUGUGCCAGGCGACUACUUUGAUAAGGUUUGUGGCAUGUGUGGAAACUACAAUGGCAAACCAUCAGAUGAUAACCUGAUGCCCGAUGGCCGCCCAGCCAAGGACGUCAUCGAGCUGGGCAAUAGCUGGAAAUCUGAAGGCGACAGUGAUCCUGGAUGCAAGCCAGACACCCGUCCUGACGUGCACCCCAACUGCACCUCCUCGGAGGAGGCGGCCUUCGAGGCGCAGUGCUCCGGCGUCAUCAUGUCGGACAAGUUCAAGCCCUGCCACUCGGUGCUGCCGCCCGAGCCCUUCACGGGCAACUGCGUGUACGACAUGUGCGAGUACGACGGCAUGCAGGCCACGCUGUGCGACAACGUGGAGGCCUACGCCCAGGCCUGCCAGAGUGCCGGAGUGACCAUCAGCUGGAGGAACAGCACCUUCUGCCCUCUCCCAUGUCCACCAAACAGCCACUACUCAGACUGCACGCCGCCCUGCCCCCCGACCUGCGCCGACCUCUUCCCCAUGUUCUGCCCUCAGCCGCCCACCCAGUGUGUGGAGGGCUGCAUGUGCAACGCCGGACACGUCCUCAGCGAUGGCAAGUGCGUGUCCCUGUCCAGGUGUGGCUGCGUCGACGGCGAGGGAGAGUACCACGACGUGGGAGACUCUUGGGUGACGGACAGCUGUGUGGAGAAGUGCAGCUGUACUCAGGGAGGCGUCCUGACAUGCAAGGAUUUCAAGUGCAACGACAAGUCCAUAUGCGCCCUAGACAAGGAUGGCGAGAGAUACUGCAAGCCCGAGAAGUUCGAUAAGUGCACUAUCCAGGGGGAUCCACACUACCACACAUUCGACAACCUCAAGCACCAUUAUCAGGGCGCGUACACCUACGUCCUGUCUCAAGGUCACAAUCUGCCCAGCGAGCUAGAGCCCUUCACCGUGCGAGGCAAGAACGCCCGUCGCGGAGGCAACAAACGCGUAUCCUUCCUUCACGAGGUCUACGUGGACGUUUACGACACCAACAUCCGUCUCCUGCAGAAGAAGACUCUCCUGGUCAAUGGAGAGAAAGUGGUGCCCCCGCUGAGCCCCAGACGGGGCCUGACCAUUGCCAUGAACUCCCGCCACAUCCAGGUCUCCACGGACUUCGGCCUCACUGUCCGCUUCGAUGGCAAAAGUCAAGCCGAGGUGAUCCUCCCAAGCACAUACGAGACAGCGGUGCGAGGCCUGUGUGGUAAUUAUGACGGACGCAGAAACAACGAGUACAUGAUGCCCGAUGGCACCGUGGCACGCAACCUCAACCAGUUCGGUGACAGCUGGAGAGUGACAGACAGGGCGGGCGAGCGACUUCUCACCUCAGAUCUCCCCGAACGGGUGCACCUGCACAGGCGUGCCGUGGAGGAGGAACCCGAGACAGGCUUCGACACGUCGGACUGCACUAUGGCCCAGCUGGCCGAGUUUAACAGUUCCAAGCAGUGUGGUGCCCUGUCUGACCCCUCCGGACCAUUCAGCGCCUGCCACACCAGAGUCUCACCCACCGCCUUCCAGGAGGACUGUGUGUUUGACCUGUGUGCAGAGCAGGGAGAUGCUACACUGCGCUGUGAGAGUUAUGCUGCCUACGCCCUGGCCUGCCAGGAGCUUGGAGUCAAACUGGGGCCCUGGAGAAAACAGCUGGACUGUGUUCUGACCUGUGGAGCCAACAGUAACUACACCGGCUGCAUGUCCCAGUGCCCGUCAUCCUGUGCUGACCUGGCGUUCCCGUCCGAGUGUGAGCAGACCGAGUGUUUGGAGGGAUGCCAGUGUGCCGCUGGGUUCGUCCUGAGCGGAGACGCCUGCGUGCCCUUCACUCAAUGUGGCUGCACCUUCCUGGACCGUUACUACCCGCUGGGAGAGAAGUUUGUCACAGAGGACUGUGCCCAGAGCUGUGAGUGCACGGCCACAGGGUCCGUGUGCCAGCCCAAAGGCUGCACUGCCAACGACGUCUGCGUCAUCUACAACCAGACCCGUGACUGCUACAAAAAUAGCCCAUGUCUUGCUGAUCCCUGUCUGAAUGGAGGCACGUGUACGGCAGGUUCCGGGGAGGGCCUGUAUACCUGCACGUGUCUCGAGGGCUUCGAGGGCACCAACUGUGAGACAGAGAAGACGGCCACCAGUGGAGGACUGGAUCAAACGUCAAUCAUACUGAUUGCAGUCCUCGUGCCUCUGGGUGUGAUACUAAUAGCCGUGAUUAUUGGCUGCUGUUGUUGCAGAAGAAUACGCAAAAGAAAAGGAAGCUACGACUCCAGUAGUGUGCAGCUCUCCUCAACAGGUGUGGCGUAUGAGAAUCUGGAUGAUAUCGACAAGCAGAAGGCAGCGAACAAAGUGCUAGCGACAUCACAGUUCUGAGGACAGCACUGAGCGAUGAAGAAUACUGUUUUGAGUCAUGACAAUGUUUUGUAUUUAUUUGCUAAUGUAACUACCAUGUACUACUGAUCACCAUGCCAAAGGGGUAUCAAUUCAGUGCAGUUGUUUUUCAUUUUUGUGUGGCUUUAGAAUUCAUUAACUUAUUUCAGGCGGGUGUAAUGUUUGUCAAAACUGCAUUGUGAUUAAAAGGGGAAAAGGAAAUGUAAAAAUGCAUUGCAGCUAAAUUUAAUGAAUAAUAAAUUAUAUUUUUCAGCAAAA